ACAGAGGCCCUCUGGGAUACGGGCGCGCAAAUUUCAGUUUUAUCUAAAUCAUGGGUCAAUGAGAAUGGUUUGAACACUGAUUUACAAGAUAUUGAGACACUCCUGGGUCGGGAUAGAAACUGAAAUGUAUCUGCUGCAAAUGGCAGUGAGAUCCCAUAUGAGGGAUGGAUCCCCAUAACAUUGAAGCUAGAAUCCCAUGGGUAUACAGGGCCAGAUGUAGAAGUACCUUUUUUAGUGACCCCAGGAGAGUUAGAGUGUCCCAUCAUUGGAUAUAAUGUCAUAGAAACAGUGAUUAAAGAUUUCCCAGGGGAUAAUAGCAACACCACAGGGAGCCCAUUACAGGAUAUUAUGAAAGGUGCAUUUCCAGAAAUCAGAGGGGAGGCAGUUGUGGCCUUGAUUAACUUUAUCCAAACAUGUGACAACUCAGAACCCUUGUGCAUCUUAAAGUCACCUAAGAAGAGUGUCAGCAUACCGGGGGGGCAGACCCUGAGAAUUAAUUGUCGUGCAAAUACCGGCCCAGUCGAGGAGAAAUGCCCAGUUAUCUUUGAACCAGAUGAAGACCAGACAUUGCCUACAGGGCUAGAACUCUCCCAGUCUCUAUUGUCCAUCCCGAAAGGGAAAGCUACGCGAGUUGACAUUUACGUCAGUAAUGCCACCAAGCAUGAUAUCACCCUCAGGGGGGGCACCAUCUUGGGUAGUCUUAACCUUAUCAGAUCAGUUACCCCAGCAGAAGUGAAACUUAGUGAGAUGAACUUGUCUGAUUCAAGGGGGGUACACCCAGGUGAAACACAAGAAUCCAGGGGGGCGACCAUAGAUUCAUCACAGAGGGUCCCAGGGGUGGUGAUUGGAGAUCUGAAUGAAGAACAAAAAAAGGAAGUCACUCGUCUGUUACAGGAAGAGGAGGAGACCUUUGCCCGUGAUAGUCAGGAUGUCGGUUGCAUCGAAGACCUUGAGUUAAAUUUAACCCUAAUGGAUAAGACUCCUGUUCAGAAAACAUAUGUCUCAAUUAGCCGCCCAUUGUAUGCAGAAGUCAAAGGCUAUAUUGAGGACUUGAUAAAUAAGGGAUGGAUUGUGAAGUCAAAGUCUUCCUACUCGUCGCCGGCUGUCUGCGUCCGUAAACGGGACGGGUCUCUAAGACUGUGCAUUGACUAUCGUGAACUGAAUCGUAAGAGUGUUCCUGACCGUUUUCCCAUCCCAAGGAUUCAAGAUGCAUUAGACACCCUAGGGGGAAAUAGUUGGUUUUCAGUACUGGAUCAGGGACGCGCAUGUCAUCAGGGUUUCAUGGGGAAAGACAGUAGACCAUUGACUGCCUUUGUGACCCCUUGGGGACUGUAUGAAUGGGUUCGCAUUCCCAUGGGUCUUUCCCAGGCCCCCGCGGCCUUUCAAAGAUAUAUGCAAGAUUGUUUAGAAGAUUUAAGAGACACCACAUGUAUCCCAUAUUUGGACGAUAUCAUUGUCUUUAGUCAAAGUUUUGAAGAACAUGUUAGUGAUCUGAGGAAAGUUUUGCAAAGACUGCGGGAACACGGGAUAAAAUUGAAACCCAGCAAGUGUAAAAUCUUUCAAAGGGAAGUUACAUUCCUUGGACAUGUUGUGUCAGAAGAAGGUUAUCGGAUGGAUCAGGAGAGUAUUAAGGCAGUUACGGAUUUAAAGGAUACGCCACCUAAGACAGUCGGAGAAGUUCGCAGACUUAUGGGACUUCUAAGUUAUUUCAGGAGAUAUGUACAUAACUUUGCGACGUUAGCAGCACCCAUUUAUGAUCUUUUGACGGAACCCAAGGGAGGUACAAGUACCAAAUCGAAAAGUAGGUCGAGUAAGUCCUUAUCACGCCAACCAGUCUCUUGGUCUGAGGAACAUCAGCGAAUACUGGAGACACUUAUAGAUACUAUCACAUCACCACCCGUUAUGGCUUAUCCGGACUACCAACAACCCUUUAUUCUUCACACUGACGCAUCGGAGCGGGGACUUGGGGCUGUAUUAUACCAACGCCAGAAAGGAACCUUGAGAGUCAUUGGUUACGGGUCACGAUCGUUAACUCAAGCCGAGCGCAAUUACCAUCUGCAUUCGGGGAAACUCGAAUUCUUAGCGCUAAAAUGGGCAAUUACGGAGAAAUUUAGAGACUAUUUGUACUAUGCCCCUAAAUUUACUGUCUACACGGAUAAUAACCCGUUAACAUACAUUCUGACCACUGCCAAAUUGAAUGCGACCGGACAGCGUUGGGUAUCAGAAUUGGCUGACUAUAACUUUGUCAUCAAAUACAGACCUGGAAAGGCAAAUGGGGAUGCAGACGGUCUCUCGCGGAUUUCACAAGGCAUGGAGAAGUAUAUGGAAGAAUGUCAGAAGACCAUAUGCCAAGAAGACAUAGGAGCCACUGUGAAUUCUGUAAAGUUCCAGGCAGGUGAAGAUGGCAUUCCGACUAUCUCUUUGUCAGCAUGCCUUGAAGAUUCUCCCGACGAUAAUGUCACCUUAGGCACGCAAGCAUGGUCGACAGAGGACAUUGUGAGACUUCAGCGUGAGGAUACAACAAUUGGAAAGGUGAUUGGUUUCAUACUUAAUGAGUCAUUACCCAGCUUAAAGGAGCGAAAGAAGGAAACUCCUGAAACAAAGGCCAUGUUACGUCACUGGAAGAAGUUGGAACUAGGUAAGGAUGAUAUCCUUCGCCGGAGAAUUGGACCACGUCUCCAAUUGGUCCUUCCACGGAAACUUCAUCAUCUCGUUUAUAAGGAACUACAUGAGGAAAUGGGGCAUCUCGGUGCAGAGAGGGUAUUGCAACUUGCGAGGGAUAGGUUCUUUUGGCCCCGUAUGCAACAGGACAUUGAACACUAUGUUACCUCUGUUUGUCGAUGUAUCAAGCAAAAACGACCGAAACAUGCUCAACGGGCACCAAUGCAGAGUAUUCAAACAACAGCUCCCUUUGAACUCAUUUCUUUGGACUUUUUACAUCUAGAAAAAAGCAGUGGUGGGUAUGAAUAUAUCCUCGUAGUGAUUGAUCAUUUUACUCGAUUUGCCCAAGCAUACGCAACACGGAAUAAAUCGGCCCCUACAGUGGCAGAGAAGCUGUAUAAUGAUUACAUCAUGAGGUUUGGGUUUCCCCUUCGGAUACAUCACGAUCAGGGGAAGGAGUUCGAGAACGAUCUACAUAAACAUCUGGAAAAGCUUAGUGGGGUAGCUCACUCAAGAACCACACCAUAUCAUCCACAAUCCAAUGGACAAGUCGAGCGUUUUAAUCAGACCCUUCUUGCAAUGUUACGCACACUACCAGAGAACCAGAAAUCCAAGUGGAAAGAUAGUCUUAACAAAGUUGUACACGCAUACAACUGCACUCGAAAUGACUCAACAGGAUUUUCUCCUUUCUAUCUACUUUAUGGUCGCUCACCUCGACUUCCCAUUGACUUAAUGCUUGGUACCAGUUUGCAAGGCACUCCGCAACAGUAUCCGAAAUAUGUGACAAAGUGGCGAGAAACCAUGGAAGAAGCUUACAGGAUCGCACGUUCUAAGUCGACAGCUCAAGCCGCGCGGGGUAAGAGGUACUACGAGGAGAAAGUGAGAUGCUCAUCACUUAAGCCGGGUGAUCGGGUAUUGGUACGAAACCUGUCAGAACGAGGCGGUCCAGGGAAACUACGCUCAUACUUUGAGGAUCAGGUGUUUGUGGUUGUGAAUCAGAAGGGAGAAUCGAGCCCAGUGUAUGAGGUCAGACCUGAGAAUGGCAAGGGCAGGAACCGGACUCUGCAUUAUAACCUCUUACUGCCAUGUGAUUAUCUCAUGAGUGACGUGAUUACUCAGCCAAAAAGGAAAACCAAAACACGGAAACCUGCAACAAGGAACGCAGCAGAGUUGAAAGAGGAGUCGAGUAGUGAAGAGGAACCAGACUUUGUUUACGGUAGACAGGUUGGAUAUGCGCCCGACGAGAAAGAAGAAGCAUCAAGCGAAUCGGAUGUAGUCCUGGGUCAGCAGGAGGAAGUAUCAGGCGAGUCUGAUGUAGCACCGGAUCGGCAAGAGGAAAUAGCAUCAGGCGAGUCAGAUGUAUCUCUGGAUCAGCAAGAGGAAGCUUCAGACGAGCUGGAUGGAGCACCUGAUCAGCAGGAAGGAGCAUCAGGCGAGCUGGAUGGAGCACCCGAUCAGCAGGAAGGAACGGCAGGUGAGCUGGAUGAAGCAAUAGAGGAGCAGGCAGAGAGGGCAUCACAGCAGCAGCAAGGGGAACAAGGUGAUAGGGACAGCCAGGAGAACUAUGCUAAUGGCAGCAUCAUUGGACGACCCGAGCGGAAUAGGCAUCCACCUUUGCGGGUUACUUAUGAUGUUAUUGGUCAGCCAUCCUAUUAUCGGGGACCGGUCGCUAACCAUGGUAUAACUAUAAAUGAGUCAGCAUGGAGUGCUUACGGUGCACCUCCUACACAAGAGUUACCAUGUGCCACAUGCGGGUUCAAGGCACCCUUCGGUUUACAGGUACCCUACGGUUAUUCGGUACCCUGCAGUCUACAGACUCCCUACGGUUAUCCGGUACCCUACGGUUUACAGGUACCCUACAGAUGUCCUUCCUUCUCACCAUGGACACCAGCAAUGUAAUUACAAGUACACUAGUACACUUACUUGACUUAUAUUUGUUUGUUUGUUACAAGAAAAAGAAAAGGAAAAAAACGGUCUAGUUAGAGACACUAGUUGAAUAAUACUAGUAUAGCCUAGCAAAUAGUGUAGGUAACAAGGUGUAAGACCUUGAGCAGCAUUGGGUAUUUACGUGGCAAUGACAUUGUGCAAGAAAACUGUAGAGUAAAGAAUAAGCAAGAUACAGCUGUAUGAAGAAACAAGUGGAAGCCAUGGUUGGACUUGAUCACCCUACACCAUGCCUUCAUGGAACUGAACAUUGAAAUAGUAGAGUAGUCAGAUUUUUUUUUCCUCAGUUGCAUUGUAGUAUUGAAACAUACUAGUAACUUAAAUGUCGAGGACGACAUCUUUUCAGGGGGGAAGUGUGUUACCCUUGGAAUUAAGCACUUGCCCACCCCCCCCCAUAGAAAAAUAUUGUAUUACCCAUAAUGCAGUGUGUGUAGAAGAAGAAGAAAACGUGUUGACCGCCAUGUUUGUUUCUGUGUGGUUUAUUUUCGGUUUAUUUUUAAUGUUACUCGAGUUUUCACAAAUUAUAAGGUAACACCAGCAUAUAGAAAAAAUCUUAGAAUUAUUUGCCAGGUAUUGUUGUAAAACGAUAAACUAAUAACUAUUUAAAACCACGGAUAUGAACUUGUCUAAUUAUGUGCAAAAGACUGUGUUAAAGCAUGGUUGAAAGUUUUGAAGAGUCAAGUCUUGUGCUCGAGUCAAGGUCAGCUGAAAUGUCAGAGUAAGCCACAUGAUAAAGAAAGAAAAAAUAAGCUAAUUUUAUGGACACCUUCUCCGACAAGUGCUCCUAUGUAUUUGUUCUUGCACUGGCAGACGUAGGUUAAUCUUAGCCAGAGAUUCUGAAAUCAAGCUGAGACACAAGCUGCUGGCUAAGAGGCAUGACCCAGGGCAGGAUGUACAUAUAAGGCAUUGGUAUUUAAUGUAGGUCACCAAAAAUAAACACAUAUAGAGUUAUAAAAGUAAAAAAACCUAGUUUUUUUUUUCCAAGUUAGCCUGACAGGUUCUUGUAUAAUGUGUGGUUAGUGACACAUAGGCUAUUUAGGUUCAUAAAUAGUCUCUUGCUAUUACAAUGACUUGUGGUAAAGUAAUUGAGGUAAAGUAAUUGAAGUUAAUCAUAAAAAAACAAAAACAGGUCUCCUAUAUGAUCCCUUAAGAUCAUAUUUAAAACUAUUUAGAAAACCAAUUUUCCUAUUUCAACCUAUUUCAAAUUAUAGGCUAAAUGGAUGCUUAUAAAAAGGAUUCUAAUUUGAUAAUUUUAGGUUAACAGGUUCAUUCUAGGUUCUUAUGUGGUUCUUAACUGUAUAAUAAAAUGACGUACUCAGAAUUUUUUUAAAUAUGUUGGAGUGCUUUUAAUCCACCCUUAGCAAAGUUGCAUUCUAAAGCACAAGAGUGAAGGUUAAUAAAGAUAUUUUUCCAAUAUUUGAAUUGCUUACUUUAAAACUUACACAAGAGAAAGAAAAUGAUAAAUCCCUAUCUUUGCAAGUUAAGUAAAGUAAUUUAAAGAAGUUAAAGGAAUUGGGACAGUACAGGCAGGGAAUGAGUACUUUUACCUCAAAUCCACUAUGAUAGUGUGAUUUGCUGAUAUACUUAUUAAUGUAUAGGAAUUUGAUAUGUAUUUGUUUAUUGUUUUUGAUUUUGAAGAGAAUAAAAAUAGCACCCAGUUUUUUUUUUGUAAGGAACUUUAAUUGAUCCUCAUUUUAAAAGAAAUAUGACCUCCCAUUACACCUGAAAGCGUUAUCUGUUAAUCAAGCAUAAAUUUAUUUUGCUAAUUUUGCUGUAUCAGUUGUCUAUCAAGUAUAGUUUAGUUAAUGAUAUCCUUAGUAAUGUCAAUAAAUACUUUUUUUACCUA